CCUUCAAUAAAACAAUAAGGCGAGGACGUAUACCAAACACGGCUGUAGUAUGCUGGAUCAACAUGAGACAGGGAACCAGUGGAGAUUCCGCCCCCAUAACUAAUCAAUUAGUUUAUGCCGAGCUCUCGACGCUUCACACUCCAGUCGUGGAAUAUCAAGGAAUACCACCCACUAGAGACCGAUACAUGGGUACCAUGGCGCUGCCGUGGGAAAGGAAGUCGAUACGCUGUUGAUGAGCUCUCAGAUUCGUUCGGGAACAUUCCUGAUGCCCGUCGGUGGUGGGAUGUUGUGCAGAAUCAUAUUGCAACCCAGAAAAUAUGUACUUGCCAUUGCAGAUCGAAGGCAUUCCUGCAUUUUGGCAACAAAUCAUAUAUCUAAGGAGCAGAUGCGGGGAUGUGGGGGUAUUCGAGGCUGUUCGCUGCAAUAUCAAAUAUAAGCCAGAACACUAAGGCUCAGUUGAGUAGGGACUG